CCAGCGCCGAUGAUUCCAGCGUGGGUUUAGAGCUCCGCAGUGUCCACCCGGGUCGAGGUAAUCGCCGGUGUCGCUGCGGGGAGCCCGGCGGAGCUGGACGCGCGUGACCAUGUGGCGGCUGCUGGCUCGGGCCAGUGCGCCCCUCCUGCGAGUCCCUUUAUCAGAUUCUUGGGCAUCCCCGCCCGCCAGUGCUGGCCUGAAGACGCUGCUCCCGGUGCCAACUUUUGAGGAUGUUUCCAUUCCUGAAAAGCCCAAGCUUAGAUUUGUUGAAAGGGUACCACUUGUGCCAAAAGUGAGAAGAGAACCUAAAAACUUGAGAGACAUACGAGGACCUUCCACUGAAGCAACUGAGUUCACAGAAGGCAAUUUUGCAAUCUUGGCACUGGGUGGUGGUUACCUCCACUGGGGCCAUUUUGAAAUGAUGCGCCUGACAAUCAACCGCUCUAUGGACCCCAAGAACAUGUUUGCCUUAUGGCGAGUACCAGCCCCCUUCAAGCCCAUCACCCGCAAGGGCAUGGGACAGCGCAUGGGGGGAGGCAAAGGUGCCAUUGACCACUACGUGACGCCCGUGAAGGCUGGCCGCCUCAUAGUAGAGAUGGGCGGGCGUUGUGAAUUCAAAGAGGUGCAAGGUUUCCUCGACCAGGUUGCCCACAAGUUGCCCUUCCCAGCCAAGGCUGUGAGCCGUGAGACUCUAGAGAAGAUGCAGAAAGAUCAAGAGGAACGAGAACGUAAUAACCAAAACCCCUGGACCUUUGAGCGCAUAGCCACUGCCAACAUGCUGGGGAUACGGAAAGUACUGAGCCCAUAUGACUUGACCCAAAAGGGGCGAUACUGGGGCAAGUUCUACAUGCCCGAACGUGUGUAGUGAGAAAUAAAUGUACAUAGGCUAUUGAGAGAGAAGGAAUCCACAUUUUUAUUCCCCUCAGCCUACCCUUAAAGUCUUUGGGUAGCUCUGAUGUCAUAACCAAGGAACAGCAUAUGAGUAGAUGAUUUCUGAAAAAUUGUAUGAUAUCUGUUGAUUUUUUUUAAAAGUGCAUUAUAUUUAUAUUAAAGUUUGAGUAUCACCUCAGGAUAUAA